GCCAUGGUGCGCGACAAGAAGCUGCCCGCCAAGCAGGACUCGCAGAAAUCAAGCACCAACUUAGUGGGCAAGUUCACGCAGAGCGUCCGCCGGAUAGUUCAAGACGUCAAGGAUGAAGGCACUUCAAGCGGGCAGACGAAAGAGGAGGUGAUAGAAACCAACGAGCGACUGCGCAACGUGCGCGUGCGCCUCGACGAGAACUACGAUACGGCGAAGAAGGCGCUUGUCACGCUCAUGGCGCGCUACAGCGAGUCCAAGGCUCAGAGAAAUGUCUUUACCAGAUACGCCAUGCUGAAGGCCAUGAUAAAGGACGUGAUCCGCCUGGAGACGCAGUACUGGUCGCUGGUGGAGAUCCCUCGGCAGGAGAAGGCGGAGACGGUGCCCGCGUUCGUGCUGCGAGCGUGCGCUAUCAUGGAGAAGACGCAGAAGUCUGGAGAAGGCGUGAAGACUUCCUCGAAGCUGGCCGAGGAAGCGGCUGACAGGCGCGAGCGGAUAGAACGACUCAAUGAUAUGACAACAUCCCAGAUUGAGGCGGAGAACACCCAGAUGACAAACGACCUCUACCGGCUGCUGAAGAAGUAUACAGGGCUCAGGAACCUCAUCAGAGAGCUGAAGUCAGAGUACGUCAGCUCCAAGGUGUACCCGAUGUUCCCGCGGUACACCAUGCUGAAAGACAUGAUCAAGGACAUCAUGCACGACCCUGACUACAUGGAGGUGUGCCAUGAGGUGGACCCAUAGCGCGGGGUGCGCAAAUAGAUGAGGAGUUCGUUCACCGACCGCCAGAGGUCGUGUCGUCGUUAGGCUUGAAGCAAAGAUGGCGGACUGUCACUUCAAAUGCAACUGGAAAAUUAGAAUUUUAAGUUAUGUUUUAGAAGCAAUGAUUAACCGAAAGAUGCGGCUUUUUAAUGAAUAGAAAUUUCAGUUAAUGAUUAUUUGGCAAGAUGGUGAACUGAUUUUCUGAAAGCCAAACCUCUACGUGUAAGGAUAUUUAUAGAAACACAGUUAUGAAGAAAAGGAACGUGCUCAUUGAACAGCCUGAGAGUGGAAUCAGAUGCUUCGUCGAUGCUCUUGAAAAAGAAAACAUAAUAUAUUAUUACAUAUUAUACUGUCUAGCAGUUACUGCUACAAUUACCGCAAGAAUUUUCGAUCGUAUUUUAUGCUUCAGUGGCUUUCUAUUGCAUGUUCUAAGCUUUGGUGAAACGCUUUCGUGUGUGCAUCAUUUGGAAAUCUAAAUCUUGUGAAGUUUUGUGGUUUUUAAUUAUUUCUUUUCGCGUAGUUCGAAGAAGUUCGUUGGUUUUGAAGAUGACAGUUCGAUGGCGGUGGUAGGGACGAGUACUCAUUUAUUUUGCGCUACUUUGAUUGGACUGUAUCUUUAGUUGUAAGUUAGAUUCGUAUUUAGUGUUAGUACUCGUCGUCAAUUCGAUGUCGUUUGUUUCCGUUGUACAUAUUACUUUCCUGUAUUGCUAAGUUAUUUGAAGCCUAUUUUAUUGUUAAACUUGUUUAUAUUCCGAUAACUGACUGUCGUAGAAAAUUCUGUAUAGCAUUUAGAUUUAGUUCAGUCUUUGUAGUAUUUUUUCGUUUGCCUUGUCUAACUCGCAUCGCUUAUUUAUUGUCUUUGUAUUAUUAGAUUCUAGAUACAUAUCUACUGAAAACUAUCAUAUAUCAAAAGUACAUAUAAUAACAGAUCAUAUCUCUUUUCUAGUUUGACUGGAAUGUAUGUCUAUUUAUUAUACUAUCACAUUAUACAUUUCUAAAACGCUUGUAUGUGUGUAAUCUGUAACUUAGUAAAUGUGCAUUUGUAUGUAUGAUGAUGUUAUGCCAUUGAAUGUGUUCAAUGUUACAAGUAAAGUAAUAUUCAUAGCUCUUUCUGCUAUAAUUCUAUAAUUUAUGUACGAUCCAAAACCCAUGCUAUUUUGUAGCCUAUUUAGGAACUUUUGCGUUUGGUUUUAAAGUUUAAAAAACUUUAUAGCUUUCUUAUUUUAUUAAGUCUUCGUGUUUUUAAUUUCGAUAGCAAUAACGGUAUUUAUCAAUAUUAUAGCUUGGCGCUUCUUGUAAAAUGUCUGUUAGAUAUUUAUAAUCGCAAUUAGUAUAAAUUAGAUAAGAAAAACAAAAUUGCAGUGCGUUGACGGAUUUGGGAAAAUCUAGAAAUCGCAUAAUUAUAAAUUAUACGUUUUAUGUAAAAAGUUAUUACUUUGUAUCGUUGGAAAUGUACAAACUGUGAUUAUAUUCGAAUUCUUUUGAUUACUAUGUCUUUUAGACAAUUAUUAAGGCAUACUUAGGGGAUAUAUCCUGCUUCUAAUGUAUGAAAACUCAUAAAUAACAAGUAAAAUACUUUAAGUAAAUUAAUUUCAGAUAAUUGCCAAAUUAUGUAAAUUAUUAUUCUAAAGUGUAAUGUAUACUUAAUGGUUAUUUAUUUAAAAUUGUUAUAAGCUAAGCUUUGUGUAAUAAAUAUACAAUCAUGAAAGCAAAAUAGUGAGGCCGAUUUGGUAGAAUAGAUAACAUAGUGAUAUAUCAAUAUCACUUACAAUAGUAAUAGAUUUAUUGUUGUAAACGUAAAAAUAUAUAGAUAUGUACCCAAUUUUUUUGCUUUCCAAAAUAGACAAUUUUAACACACUUUUUUCAGGACAAUUUUCGAUAAGAUGUAUUGUGUUAUUUCACAGAUCUAAAUACUUUAAUUGCUUAGUUCAAAAUAACACAUUUCCAUGCAGUACCUA